ACGCUGUAUUUAUUAUACAUUCAAUUCAGACACUAGAGAUUAAUUCGCCUCAAAAUCGAGUUCUUGACUUUUGACCCGUUAUAACCAAAAACAAAAAGUAGAAGUGUUAUUACUUCUGAUCUUCUUUCCCGGCGAAGAGAUGGAUCGGUCUACGCCGGAACAUAACUCCUCCACUUCCCACAAGCGUCUAAGCGUGAGCUACCUAGUCUCUCUAAUGGUUCUCUGCGCCAGACACGCCAACCGCCUCUCCAAGAAGCUAAAGCCGAAGAAGCGAACCCACAACGAAACUUCCCGUGGCAGAUGGGAUACGAUGAGAUCUCCAAGGCCAAAAGAGUUUCUUAUGACUUUGAGCCACAAGGCGAUGACGAUGGUCGGCCGGAAAAACACAUGUUACAGCGGUGGAUAUAAGCCGGAGAAGAAGAGAGCGGGGGCGAUGGAGGAGGAGGAAGAGCAUGGGCUCUGGCAGAGGGAGAUCUUGAUGGGCGGUAAAUGUGAGCCGUUGGAUUUUUCCGGAGUUAUUUAUUACGACUGUAACGGACGGCAGUUAAGAGAUGCGCCUCCGAGGUCUCCACGUCGCACUCCGUUACCCAUCCGUUCUUAAGACGGGUCGCCGUCAAACCUGAUUGGAACUAAGGAUUCUCAAGCAGCAACCAAACAAACUAUGUACUAUAUGUUUGUGAUGCCUUUUUCUUCUAAGUUGUUUUGUUAAAACCUUCAAAUUUGGUUAGGCCAUUGAAAGUUUCAGUGUCCAAAGUCCGUACCAUCUUGUGCCAUGAAUACUCUUGGUAUAAAAGUAGCAACUGUUAUCUGAUGAA